CCUGGGGUGUUAUCAAAGACGCUAUGAGUGAUGGUAGUUCAGACUCUCCAAUAUAAUAUAAUAUAUACGGUUCAGUAUAUUAGUUUUCUAACUGCGACGCAUGUUAGUUCGUUCACUGGCAUCUCUCAUCGUCGCAAGUCACAGUGGGUCUGAAAUCUUUUAACAGUCGGGUACUCGUGUUCGCGGUAUGGUAGUAAUAGAGAAUGCUGACACAUACAAAGGUGAUGUAAGUGACGAAAAAAUUACAUUAGACUUGAAAUGUACUCCAGCUGACCACCUUAAAGAGUCUUCAGUUUCUACCACGAAGAAUCACGGUGGUCAUCGACAAAUUGAGGAUCAGUUUCUUCUUGAUAAACAGCAAGUUAAUAUUCCAACCAGGUUCAAAUCUAAUAAUUUAAUAGACGAUAUUAACAUGUCUACAAAACAAACCAAAGAUGUCGAAGACCCAAAAUCGAUCACCGUUAAUUAUAGCCCACCAGACGGUGGAUUUAGAGCAUGGAUGAUAUUACUUGGAAGUUUUAUAAUCAACGGUGUUCUCUUCAGUAUCAUUAAUUCAUAUUCUGUUAUACAACUUCAACUUAAAGAGAGAUUGUCUCUUGCUGGAGAAUCUAAUCCUGAAACGAAAGCCGCACUUGUUGGCUCUUUAACAAUCGGAACUACAUUUCUUUUAUCUCCCAUUGCCGGAAUACUUACUGAUAAAAUUGGGAUUCAGAUAACAACGUUUUUGGGUGGCUUAUUGGCAUCUGGAGGAAUGAUUUUAUCGUCUAUUUAUUGUACAAAUGUAAUUAUUUUAUGUCUAACUUAUGGAGUUAUUUAUGGAGCAGGCGCAAGCCUUGCUUACACCCCAAGUUUAGCAAUUUUGGGCCAUUACUUUAAGCGUCACUUAGGACUUGCGAAUGGAAUUGUGGCUGCUGGAAGUUCGGUAUUUACAAUGAUAAUGCCUCAUGUCACAAGAGCUUUGCUUGACCGAUUUGAUAUGGUUGGAGCUCUCAGAAGUUUUGCUAUACUUACAUCAAUUAUCAUGCUUUGUGCUUUUCUCUUCAAACCUACUCUAACCGAGAGUGACAAGUCACCGAGUAAAUUAUCAUCUUAUAAGCAGAACUCUAUUAAAAAACCGGUAAAAAAAGUUAAGUGGUAUGCUCUGAUAAAUCUAUCGAUUUGGAAGAAGAGGCGAUAUGUUGUUUGGGCCAGUGCAAUUCCUAUUUCUCUUUUUGGUUACUUCGUACUAUAUGUCCAUAUUGGAUCAUUUAUCAAAGAAAACUUUGGAAAAGAUUACAAUGUUGGGAUUCCAGUAACAUGUAUUGGUAUUACAUCUGGAAUCGGACGUUUAGUAUUUGGUUACAUUGCUGAUUUGCCUAAAGUCAAUAGAAUCUUAUUACAACAGAUAUCAUUUAUCAGCAUUGGAGUACUCAUGAUCGUACUACCAUUUACACCUCCGUACUGGGCAAUCUUAAUCAUAAUAGCACUUUUAUUUGGAUUGUUCGAUGGUUGUUUCAUUUCAUUGCUUGGUCCAAUAGCUUUUGAUUUUUGUGGAAAAGCAGGUGCUACUCAAGCUAUUGGAUUUCUUUUGGGAAUUUGUUCUAUUCCUUUGACGAUUGGACCGCCAGUUGCAGGUCUUAUUAUCGAACGCACAGGUUCUUACACGUUGGCUUUCGUAUUGGCUGGCAUCCCUGCAAUUGUUGGCGCUCUAGUGAUGUUCGUAAUUCGUCACGUUAAAGAAAAACCAACAGAUCUUUAUGCUUCUGAUAAAUUGAAUAAUGAUGGAUCAAUCAAUUCAGAUGCUUGCAAUGAUGAAUCAAAAGAGCUUGAAAUUUUAUCUGGAUUUAAAGAAACUGCCUCAUUAUCUUCGUAGCAGUAAAUUAACUGCUAUGCAAACAUAAUACUUAAUGUCAAUAUAAAAUAAUUAAUUAUGCAUUUAUAGAGAUUCAGCUUUUAAAGUAUUCAACAUUUUUCUCUCUAUUGCAUUUAUUCAUAAAUUUUGUCAAUGCUUGAAACUCACAGUUAUAUGAUUAACAUAUUUUAUAGUAUUGAAAAAAAGAGAAUAAUAUUUUUUUGAGACUGGUAACACAGUAUACAAGGUACAGAAAGGCUAACUGGGCCAUUCUUUGAAAAAAAUAUGGUGUAAAUGCAAAAGAAAUUUUUAAAACUUAUAUGUUUAAGUGUAAUUUGGUUGAAUGAAAAAAUUCAUUUAGCUUGGGUCAAAUUUUUAGUAUUAUAAGUAGGUCAACAAAAUCAAAUUGCUAAAACAUUGAAGUGUUUUGUUGAAAAGCAACAUUUUAACUGUUCAAAAAUUUUCUAAAGCUUAUACGAAAAAUUUUGGUGAAAGCAUAUCAAGUUUCAAACAGAUCGUUACUUAGAUUGAAAAAUUUUUCGUUCGAAUAACACAGAACCAAUGUCUCUUCCAAAAAUACUUCUAUUUCACUUUAUUCGGUGAUUCAACGUUGAUUGUAAGUACAUUUUGCACGAAAUGUCAUCAUUGUUACAUGAAAAAUGUAUAAGUUAUAUUAAAUUGGAAAAAAAAUCAUAGAAAUUUGUAAAAGAAAGUAAUAUUUAAUAUUUUUUCUUUAAUACAAAUUUUUGAGUUUUUAUGAUUUUAUUGAUAAAACAUGAUGUUAAUUGAGUAUUUAUUGAUUAGACGAUUCUCUGCUGAAACAAAAAAAAAUGUUGCUUUCGAAUGAGACACCCUGCUGAACAGCUAUAAAAAUUUUAUUAUCUUAAACGAUUUACAAAUUUACUAAAAUAUAUAAACUGCUGUUGAGAACAGUAAAAAUGUCAUGUUUUCUUUAAAUUAAGUUGCAAAAUAUAAGGUAUUUUCGUUAUAAAAAAGAGAAAUAGUACACAAAGUAUUUAUUGAAAAUAGAAAAUAUAUUAAUUUAUUAAAAAUAUAAAAAAGUUGUAAACUUAAUUUUAGUAAAAUUUGGAAGAUGAUUGCUUCCAAUGUAAUAUAAAGAUCCUAGUGUGUUCAAGUAAUGGUCCAGUUAAUCUAUCAAAAAUAUAUCAAUCAAAAGAACUAACUCAUUAAUGACAAUAUUGUAACAGUGUCAGUUCAAAGAAACAUUUAAAAUAUUGAAAACAAAAAAAACCAUGCAGAAAAAAAUGUAUUCUAAAUAUUUUUGAAAGUAGAUUGAGAUCUGAUUUUGAAAUCAGUAUAAAAAUUAUUCCACAGCUUGGACAGUUCACAUAGUUUCCUAAACCCUAUUUUUGAAAAUUAUUGUAAAGCUUAAAAGAAAAUAA